GCGGGGCGUCGCGGAGAGGGCCCCGCUGCUCUGGGCUCCUCUCCGGCUCCACAGCGCCGUUGGAGGAGGCCUGGGAUGCUAGCCACGGGUCUGGCUUCCCGACACCAUGCUCGCUCUCCUGGGCUCGGCGGCCCUGGUGCUGGUGGCCUGGGUGCCUUGGGUGGUGACUGCAGCCGCAGGUGGAGAAGAUCUGGAACCUCCUGGGGAUAUAGAUGUCUAUAUUAUAGAUGACAGCUUUACCCUAAAGUGGAGCAGCAAUGAAGAGUCAGUGAACAAUGUGACUUUUUCAGCAGAAUAUCAAACAGAAGAGAUGGAGAACUGGUUCAAACCGCCCGCGUGUCUGCAUAUUACGGGGACCACGUGCCAGUUCUCUUUACUGAAUGCAGAUGUUUUUGUCAACAUGAAGGUUCGUGUAAGAGCUGAGAAAGGAAAGCGCACUUCUUCAUGGAAUGAGAUUGAGCCGUUCAUUCCACAUAAUAAAGCUCACAUUGGCCCCCCAGGAGUACAUUUGGAAGCUGAAGACAAAGCUAUAUUAGUCCACAUCUCUCAACCCGGAGAAGGUGGGAAGAUGUGGGGAGGUGAUAGUUUCGACUUCAAGUACCAGAUAGUGUUCUGGCAGAAGUCUUCAGGUGUGACUCAAAAUGUUACAACCAAUUGUUGCAUAGAAAAAAUUUUAGAACUGUUACCAGAGACUACUUACUGUUUAAAAGUUGAAGCGAUACAUCAGGACCUCAGGAAGCAGAGCAACUUCAGCAAGGUGCAGUGUAUAAACACCACAGAGACAAAUAGAUUGCCUGUUCCAGAAAACAUAGAAUUGGACACCCAGGGUGACAACUAUGUUCUCAGAUGGGACUAUGCGUCUCCAAACGUGAGCUUCAGAGCACAGUGGCUCCCUGGCUUUUUAAAAAGUAUUCGCAGAGGAUAUUCAGAUAAAUGGAGACCAGUGUCUGCCUGUGCAAAUGUCCAGACUCCACACUGUGUUUUUCCUCAAAACACCACCCACGUGGAAAAGUUCUUUCUCCGGGUACAAGCCUCAGAUGGAAACACCACAUCUUUCUGGUCUGAAAAGGAAUUUGAUUCCCAAAAAUACACUGCCAUUCCUCCUCCGACCAUUGCCGUUGCUACCACUGGGGAGUCUCUGCUUGUCCACGUGAGCUGUCAGGAGAAUUCCAGCAGCAAAUGUCAGGGACUAACUUACGAAAUAAUUUUUUGGGAAAUCACUUCAAACACUAAGAGAAAAAAGGUGCAGAAAAGCCCAAAGUUCACCAUUAUGAACCUGCAGCCGCUGACUGUGUAUUGCGUGGAAGCGAGAGUACACUCCUUUGCCUCGUGGAACAAGAGCAGCAACUUCAGUGACAGGCAGUGUGAGAAAACAGGGGCAGGAAAUUCUCCUGUACUCUGGGCCGUGAUUGGACUUGGCAUUCUGUUUUUUUCUGCCCUGGUCUUUUGUGCUGGGAAGAACGUCCUGAAAGACCUCAGCCAUGCCUUUUCAUCACCCAAGCCUCCCCCAAGUAUCCAUGAGCUUUUCUCUGAGCCGCCUUCGAAAAACCUUCUGCUUUUGACUCCUGAGGAGCACACCGAGAAGUGCUUCAUCAUCGAGAGCGCAGGCCUGGCUACUGUAGCAGAAGAAAACGGUGCACCUGAGGAAGAUCACAGAAAGUACAGUUUCCAGACCAGCCAGGACUCGGGGAACUACUCUAACGAAGAGGAAGGUACCGGGAGUGAGAGCAGCCAAGGGCUCAGGCCGUAGGACUGCGUCUGCCCACAGUGGGCUCUUUCAGAGUUCCAUGUGGGAAGGCCGAGGAACAUGCCUUUGUCCUCCUGGGACCUGAGAGAGGGCCGCUGCUCCUUGGGAAAGGAGGAGCAUCUUCAGAGCCCAGGCCUGCAAAAUGCGGCAGCUCUCCACCACUGAUGCGGAGGGGCAGGGUCUGGAGUGUUAGACCUUCGUCUGUGAAGAGACAGGCCUAACUGAAGGUGGCCACCCAUUUCUGCUGCCAGCUGAAGUCCCAGGGUGCUGUCUUGUGCCACAGCGGUGGCCCGUUGCUGCGUAUGCCAUCGGGUGUUCUCCCCCUGUUCAUUUUCUAGAAGAAAUCCAGAACAUUCAGCUUUUUAAUACUGCCAUAGCUCCUUGGUGUCUCAAAGGUGCUGUCGUCUGCACUGGCACUUCCUAACCCCUAACCUGCCACAGCAGUGUUGCUGACUAGAACUCAGAAGGGGCUGAAACAGUGGAGAGGGGAGCUCUCCAAUCCGAGGAGUUGGCGUUUCAGCCUAGUAGGUAGGUAGUCUAGCACUUGUGGGAGCAGAAGAUGCCGGCAGCAGACAGAAGUGGAAUCGUAUGUAGCUUUUCUGUGUUCCUUUGUAAACCAAGCUGACCUCUCCCAUCCAGCAGUAUUCAGGGACCCCGUCUCAGCAUCCGUGUACCUAAAAAGAAACAGUGUCAAAUACUAAGGCAAAGGAAGAAUUGAUUGUGUACCGCCGUCUGCGGGUGCCUGUAGCUAACUUUACAUUGCUGCUCAUGAGUGUCUGUUGUAGGCAGGUCAUCUAACGGUCCCCGGUGUAUUCCUUUCCCAGCUGCCUACGAAUGCAGGGCCUGCCCGAGCAACAUAUCAAGGGCCCGCUGUAUGAGUAUUUACAGGUGUGGAUACAUGUAUGUACAUAUGUAGAAAAAGUACAGAGCCCAGAAGGCUAUGAUACUUCAGAUAACCUUGUAUUUCUCCUGGGCCCUGGGGUCAAGUGUUACCAAAGCCUCCCACCGCCAGUGUAGCCUCUUGUACCUGGCCUGCAUUGUUCCUUCGGUGUCUGUCUCCCCUCUAGUGCAGAAGCUUCACGUUCAGGGACCAAGUUCCCCACUGUGCCCCAGCCCCAUCAUAGUGUGGUACUCGGCACAGACGUCUUAUCCUUUUGUCUGUCUGCCUGAGGGUUUGCUGCCGCCGUGGUUUUACAGAACAAGUACUGGAGCCAAAACUCAGGGUUUUGGUGGGUGCUACUUUGAACUUGGCUUCUGUGUGCCAGGGGUGUUGAGACGAUGUCCUCCAAAGACAUUCCCAGCAGCAGGACACUGCGGACGGUGUCCUGUGGGCAGCGGCCCUGCACAUGGCGUCAUGAGGUGAGCUGUGCAGGACUGCUGCCCUCUGGCUGCCUGGAUCCAGACUGCUCACCUCGCCAGUGUCUGUGUCACCCGUCCCUCCAUCUCCCGUGUCCUGAGGUCCCUUCUGCUCCAACUCGGGAGCCUCGGAGGGUGAACACAGCUCGUGUUUGUCAGUUUCCUUCCUCGCAGUGGAGGAAAUAAUAAAUUUAUCUUUAUUCCUAA